AUGGAAGAAGAAGAGCGAAGGUUGAUGCAGCAGGAAGAUAAGAGAAUACUUGAUGAUAAUGUUAAGAGUAUUAAUUGUGAAAUCGCACCAAACUUGAUAAGUAUUGAUGACUUAAAGGAUAAGAGCAUCCUUGCGUUUAAAGGAAAUUUAAAUCAACAAGAUAUCAAAUUAUUGAGACAGAGAAAGUUUGUAAUUAAGGACAAACCUACUCCAUCAGAAAGAAUCUCUGCAUCAAGCUCCCUAAAAGAGUUUCAUAAGACAAAUCCAGCUCAUUCAAAUCAGAGGAAUCCUUACAUUAAGCACUUACUAAAGCCUAGCAAGAAUAUGAUAAAAAGAUUAAUAGAAGAGAACAAGAGAAAGAGAGCACUAGAAAUAUCUCAAACAAUGGAAAAGUUUAAAGACAUUAUCUGAGAUAGAGAAAGACUUACAAAUAUCCGGAUUAAAAAAGAGAUCAAGAACUCUACAAGUGCCAACAGAGCAAAGAAAAAUGAUGAAAUGUUCAUAAAAAGAAUCCAACAAACAAGAGCAGAUAGCUUCGAGAGAAGUGUUAGCAGAAAAGCAAGAACCCAAACUAUGAUGAGAAAAGCUAACCCAAAACCCAAGAAAGUUGCAAGGCUAAUGUCUGCAAAGCCUCAAUUUCCUGGAAGAGUCUCCGAAUGCAAAAGAUUAAUGAAUUACAAAACUUUGAAUACUGAAAAGAACCUGAGUGAUUAUGACUAUGCUAACACUGCAGAACAAUCUUUAGCAAAAAUCAAGGAUUUUAAUUAUGGGUCAGACUACAACUCUUCUAUAGUAGAGACCCAGAGAUUUAGCGAAGUCAAGCCAAGAGUAAAAUCAAGCUACAGUAAAUUCAGAGGAUUCAAAAUUUAA